GGAUCCAGAAGCCGAGAGAAACGGGUAUGAAAGUGAGAGCAGGAGCGCAGGCGCAGGCGGGUGGUCGGUCGACCAGGACGGGUAACUGUGUGGCGUGCCCGUAGAGAAGCGUGCUGCGAGUUUGUUGCUCGUCAAUGCACUUGCUCGAGCAUCGCAACUAGGAACAGAGAUAUUUAGUAAAUACACUAAUGACGACUCACUUCGGGGUUUUAUUUAAAUACCUCUGCUUCCCUUCCCUUUCGUUCACUACUCCUGCCCACCAUAUGUUAUGCUGUCCCUCUUCCUUUGACCGUGCUCGAUUGUUGUGCUCAGGCUCGCCGCCUUGCGUGCUCGGGCUUGUCGCAUUCGGAGUUUGGGAUGGCAUGACGGGUGCGUCGCGCAUAGUGGUGGUUGUCCGAAUGCAGACCGUCUGGCACAUUCGUGAGCGGCGCCGACGGUCGCGCCACAGCGGGACUGUACUUAGCUGAGACGGGGCAAGUUGGAGAUGGGCGAUGAUUGGGUGACAGACGGGCGA